UGUCCAAACAGAAGAAACCUUUGUUCUGUUUUAAUUUGAUUAUCUCUUUGUCUUUGUUUUUCAGUUUUAUUUUUGUUUUUUCUUCAAUAUUUCAAUUUUCUGAUGGAAUUUCUUGUUCAUACAUCAGUUUCAACAAUGUUUGACAAAGCAUCCUUGAAGGCCAGUUCGUUAUUUUUCUUACUAUAAGUAUUUUUUCUGGGGAGUUUUCUAUCCUUUUCCAAGAAAAUUUUCGCAUUAACAUUGGAGAUAAAGAACACAAUCAUGUUGCAAGACGUGAUCUCGUCUCAAGAUCAGCUUUCCAUCGAUGAUAUCACGAGCCCUCUUAGUGCUCAAAUCUUCGAUUUUUGUGAUCCACAACAGUUUCAAGAAACUUUCAAUCCUUCCUCCGAAGUCAACUCUGUUUCGAACAUUCUUGAGAAACCUGGGAGCUUCCAAGACACUAACACGACCACAACAACUGAGAACAGUAAUACAAACAUGAACAACAAAUUUCAAGAUGAUGAAGACGGCAUCAAUAACGCGGAUCUCUCCAUAGUUUUCGAUUCACAUGAGGAUUUUGAAAACGACAUAGCAGCUUCUAUCGAUUUCUCAUCAUCCUCUCUGCAGUAUCCAGUUAUAGAUAAUCUCUUUACAACAACAAAUGAAGACCUGUUUGAUUUCUCAUCUGGAGUUGAAAAUGUUCAUCAGCUUCCUAACAUUCCAUACUCUGGAGAUACUCUUGCUUUACCAGCGUUUUCUUCUAUAACUCCUCCUCUGUUACCGUUAGGGGUUUUCGAGGAAGACUGUCUUUCUUCUGUUCCAAGUUACAAUCUUGGCAUAAACCCUAACCCUUGCUCUAUCUUUCGUACUUCCGGUUUACCGGCAUAUAUGGCGAAUAUGAGCACCGGUUUAUUAUCUUCUGAUAAUAGUUCUGGUUUAUAUCCCGGACCGGAUACCAACAAACCACGUGAUCAACUGAUGAAUUUUCAAACUGAUAAUGGUGGAUUAUUCUGUCCGGAUUCCAUCAAAGGCAUCUUUAGUCCAGAACAUCUCCAGGUACCUAGUGGCGUCGAGAACCAAAGCCACUUAGUGAUACCUCAGACUCAUCCGACAUUAGGACCGGUCGACAUAACCGGUUUAGAAGAUUCAACGUUAGAUAAAGUCGUGAAACUCUCCCCUGAACAAAGAAAAGAGAGGAUCAAUAGGUACAUGAAGAAGAGGAACGAAAGGAAUUUCAGCAAAAAAAUCAAGUAUGCGUGUAGGAAAACAUUGGCAGAUAGUCGUCCAAGAGUCAGAGGAAGAUUUGCAAAGAAUGAUGAAUUUGGUGAACUAACUAAACAAGGUUCUUCAAGCCAUUAUGAUGAUGAAGACGGGGUGGGCGUAAAGGAUGAGGAACAAUUGGUAGAUUCUUCAGACAUUUUUGCUCACAUUAGUGGACCCAAUUCCUUCAAAUGCAACUACUCAAUUCAGUCAUGGAUUUGAGUUUCAAGACUUAUAAGAUUCAUGUUUGUAACAUGAAUCUUAUAUAGUUAUAUAUAACUAGUACUUCUAUAGAGUUAUUUCUUGUUGCUUAAUUAGUAUAUGUGUUUUUGAAAUGCUGCAGUCAGAACAAAUAAAAAAAACAAAGAAAGAAUAAUGGGCCGUUAGGUAGGUCUGGAUGAAUAAAAGAGCAGUGAAGAGGGAUGUUUCUUCACUAAAAACAAUGAAUUAAGUGAAGAAGAUUGUCUAAUUACGUCUACGUUACAUAGAAAUUUGGUAGUUUUGUAGAUAUAUGUUGUGUCUUGUAUUUAAAAG